AUGGCUGAUCAUAAUGAUCAAAACCUUACUCCUAGUGAGCUUCUUUUAGCUGAAACACAAUCAUGGAACCAGCUCUAUUUCUUCAUAGAACAUGUAACAUUGAAAUGUGCACUUCAAUUAGGCAUACCUAAUGCCAUAUUAAAACAUGGCAAACCAAUGACACUAUCAAAACUUAUGUCUUCCCUCUCUAUUAGCCCUUCAAAAUAUCCCUAUUUCCACCGCGUUACACGAAUAAUAGUUCGUUAUGGCUUGUUGAUUCUACAAAAACAUGAAGACAAUAACGUUGACGAUGGUGAUGAUGGUAAAGGGUAUUAUUCGCUUGCACCAGCUGACCGAUAUAUAAUGAAGGACGGGCCUUGGAACUCGAUGGAAGAUCAAGAUUCAUUUUUCUUUAAAGCAUGGAACUGUUUAGGUGAUUGGUUCAGGAAUGAGGAUCCAAGUGCAUUUUACACAGCAUAUGGAGAUUUAUUCUGGAGUAAACUUUCGAGAGAUACGAGUAGUGGUAACUGGUUUCACGCGAACAUGGCUAGAGAUUCGCAAUCAUUCAUGAACGUAUUGAUUGGUAACGAGUUAAAGGAUGUUUUCAAAGGAUUGACAACUUUGGUGGAUGUUGUAGGAGGGACUGGUACUGUUGCAAUGGCCCUAACCAAAAAAUUCCCCGACAUGAAAUGUAUUGUUCUUGAUCUUCCUCCUGUUGAGGCUAAUAUGCUAGGAAGUGAAAAUUUGGAGUUUGUAGCUGGGGAUAUGUUUCAGAAAAUUCCCGCUGCUAAUGCAGUCUUACUCAAGUGGAUUUUGCAUGAUUGGAAUGAUGAAGAAUGUGUGAAAAUUUUGAAGAAUUGCAAGGAUGCAAUAACAGGAAGUGGAAAAGUUAUAAUUAUAGAUCUGGUGAUGGAAAAUCCAGAGUUGGAUGAUGAAUCUUUUCAAGCACAACUCUUCAUAGACAUGUUGAUGUUGGUUUUCUUGGGUAGAAAAGAGAGGAACAAAAAAGAAUGGGAAAACUUUUCUUUGAUGCUGAUUUUACUAUUACAAACUUAUUUUGACUCUUGGUUUAAGGUCUGUCAUUGA